AUGAGGAAGUCACCGUCAUCAUUUCUCCACUCCAGUCAUUUAUCAUGCUCAAUUUCUUUCGAAAAUGAUUAUGAUGUAGAAGGAUCUGAUAAUUCCUCACUUACUAGCUCAAUGACUGUUGCAACUACUACUGGUGCUAUGACAACUGUUACUUCAACUGUUGCUAGAACUGGAACAGCUCAUGCUUCUGAAGUCGGUGGAUCUUUGAGUUCGAAACGGAGUUCACUAGACCUUCGUAAUGAAUUAUUAUCCGGAAUUAUACAUGAUAAUGAUGAUAAUAAUGUUGAUAAUGAAGACAGAAACAGUGAUGACAGUACUAGUUUCGGUAAUGUGGAUAGUAUGGUUGACAAUAGUAUGCAGAAGCGAGGUAACAAGGGUGGGCGAAAUGCGUUGUCACUAUUGUCUAAUACCUUCACAAGAAAAUUGUUUCCUCGUAGUAAACAACACGAGCAUCAGCGUACAAGUUCUUGGCGAAUUUUUGGAAGUAAGAAAUGGAAAAAUAUUGGGGGAAAUCAUGCAAUUUUUACAACUGGUGCGUCCUGCAGUUCUGCAACUGAUGAUAUAUGCUGUUCUACCACCGGUUUGAUUCUGGAAGAUAGGCCAAGUACUCUGCCAGCGAAAUCAAUAGCAGAACAACGGCGUCAUGAAGCGCAGUAUCUGGCACUUAUCGAAGCUACUAAACGUCAGGAAGCUAGACGUUCACGUCAACGACAACAGUUAUUAGAAAUGAAGCGAAAAGAAGAAGAUAAAGCUGCUGCGGCGGCUGAGGUGUGGUGCAGCCGCAUUUUGCCUAAUUGGGAAAAUAUGAAAGACAGUAAACAUUGUCGUGAAUUGUGGUGGCGUGGCAUACCACCAAAGGUGCGUGGUCAUGUCUGGUCUCUAGCUAUUGGGAAUGAGUUAAAUUUAACACCAGAAUUAUACGAAAUUUGUGUUACUCGAGCAAGGCAUCAUGCUUUUGCUACAACUAUGACAGAGCAAUAUGGUGCUAAUGGUUCCUCAGUUAUUGAUUUUGCAGAUAUUGACCAGCGUUUUAUUCUACCAGCUUUUCCAAAAGCAAGCAGGGACAUGAAAAGGCCGAUUGGACGUGAAGGUACGCUGGAGCUGAUUCAUCUCGAUGUUUCUCGAACAUUCCCACAUUUGGGUUUCUUCCAGAAGGGUGGUCCGUAUGAAGAAUUGCUUUUGGAUUUGUUAAGUGCCUAUGUAUGCUAUCGCCCAGAUAUCGGUUACGUACAAUCGAUGUGCUUUCUUGGUGCUAUGCUUCUCCUCCAAAUACAUCAGCCGUAUCAGUCAUUUCAGGCAUUUGCCAAUUUACUUAAUCGACCCCUGAUGUUAUCAUUUUUUGGACUUCGCCAACAUCAGAUGACAGUUUAUUUCAUUGCGUAUGACCGAUACUUUGAGCAGGAAUUACCCAAACUGCAUCAUCACUUCGAUGUGUUGGAUGUUCGUCCUGAUAUGUACCUAAUUGAAUGGGUGUAUACACUUUAUGCAAAAUCAUUACCAUUUGAUGUUUGCUGUCGAGUUUGGGAUGUAUUAUUACGGGAUGGUGAACAAUUCAUCUUUAAUACAGCACUCGGUAUCAUGCAUUUGUAUGAGUCCGAGCUGGAAAAUAUGAAUGAUUUUGAUGCUAUAAUCCAUUUCCUUACUCAUUUGCCGGAAUCAAUGAAUGUAAAUCAGCUAUUCGAUGCCAUUGAACCUUUUAUGAAAUUUCCCUCUUCUUUUGGUACAACUUCGGAACAUGGAAACGGAAAAAAGCGCUCUUUUCAGCAGAUUCAUUCGGAUGUCAGUGAACGUAUUGCUCAAGGAGCUGUAGUGACCGAUGGUAGCAGGAAGUCUGAUUUGUUUUCUCCAAUAAACACAUUGCAUCAAAGUAUAGACACGUCUAUCCGAGAAGGAUCACGCAAAUCUAUCGUGACAAAUGGCUUAGCUAAAACCUCAUAUAAUGUUGGCGAACAGCGAGCAACAACUCUUGGUUUAAAUGUAUGCAACAUGAAAAUGAGCAAAAGCUUGAGCGAAUUCUUGGAUGAUUUGCUACGAGAUGUAUCUACAAGAGAAAGCGAUACAUAUGCUGAUGUUUUUCCGAAGAAUAGAGCACCUACUGCUGUUUAA